GGCCAUUUUAUCAGAUCACACCUACAACGCAGCAGGGGAGUAACGUACUUAAAAGACUAUACGACGUUGAAUAAACAGCUCUAAGCGGAUUAUAUACAAUCUCCAAAAUUUCGAUGGAUGUUAACGUUUUCAAUGACACUGUAAAACGACAGCAGCAAAAAAGCAAAGCAUUAUAAGUACAUGAAGAACAAAAACAACACUUUGUGGUCAUAAUCGCUAUCUUAACUCUUUGCACUCCGUAGGCGCCGUUAUUGCGCCAUAUGCUUUCAUUGCACUAACUUUGUUCGCGCCGCUUUCCGAAGUUUGCAUUCAAUGACUAACAAAUUUUAAAUUUUAUUUUAUGUUAGAUAGAUUUACCCUUGAGAAAACAUGGAAGAAGGAGAUUAUUGGGAAAGUUUUGAGAUCAGUGAAAACGAAAGUGAUAAUGAAAUACAAAGUGAAUAUACUGAUACUGAUAGCAGUGAUGAUAGCGACAUAAUAGUACAAAAAAAACGGAAAGUAUAUGUUAUUAAGAGUGAUACUCAUGACAUUGGUAGUUAUUCUGAAGAAAUAGAUGAAGAUGAUGACGAUUGGCAAGAUAUUACAGAGAGUGAUGAAGUUCCAGUAGGUAAAAUAUACUGUGACACAUGUCCAAAUAAGCCACGGGUGUAUAUGGGAGAUUGCUUUCACAAAUAUCACACUAAAUGCUCCAACGCAAUAAUCUCACAGAGUUGUCGCACUUUUGAGUAAAAAAACGCUCGGAGUGGAAAGGGUUAAAAGACAGAUGGAAAAAGUUGAAUUUAUUUUACUCUUCACGUCGUUCAAAAUAGUUUGUGAACUAUUCGUGGUUCUAUAUGCAUUGCAAGCAUUUGACAUACCUAACGUGCUCCCCGUGACAGCAUAGCAAGCAAAUGUGUGUUUUAAGCGCAUACAAAUUCAUAUAUGUGUACGGGGUCACUACACUGUUUAAAUUUAAAUAAAGUA